CUGACACAGGGCAGGAUGGGCUGCUCUAGGCUGCUAGAAAGGCUACUGCUAGGCUACUGUAUGGAGGAAUGACAGCCAGAUUGGGAAUGUAGCCUUGUGUGCCUGUCUUCUAUAGCCUCAGUAGACACAAGUUUAGUGAACGGGACUAAGAAUAUAGUGGCAGAUUGUCUAUCACUGACCAGAUCAAGAGCAACCAGCAGAUUUGGACGAGCUCACACCACAUGAUCCCCAUGUUGACUGGUAAGGAGGAGGAGGACCAUGCAGUGGGAUGAUGCCCUCCCUCUUCCCCUGGGGCAGGAACUAUGUUUGCAUUGAACCCUGAUAGAGCUGAUGUCGAGCUACACCAUACCGAGCCACACUGCGUCACAUUACUGACAGACGGUUGUCACCUCCCUGACAAGACAAUAAGAACACACACAUACCCAUACACUGCCCCCACUUGGACACGGAAGCAGAGGCGACACUGGUGAUAGAGGGAAAGAGAGAGCGAGAGAGAGCAAGCAGACAGAGAGCUGGUCUGGGCUGUGGCGUGCAUCAUUGACAAGCCUUUUAACUAUAGAGAGGCAGAUAAAUGCUUUGUAUCAUGGGUCUGUGAGUCUGCAUAGAACACACAAACAUAGACUGCCAGCCGCUACCCGCCUCCUGCAGCAGUGGACAGCACCCGGCUGGAUAUGUAUGUCCAGGGGCAGCGGGACAGUCACAGUCACAGAGAGACUAGCUAGCUGAGCCCAGAGGACCACAAUCAACAGGUGGAGCUGAACGAAUAAGCUAUUAGUCACAGGCUCAGCCAACGAGACCAGGGACAGAAGCAUCAGUAGAAGGCCCUGUUAGUGAGAGCUCUAGAGAGCAUACAGAAGCCACAGCCAUUGUUUAAAACAACUCCAGAGACAACAACUGAAGCCUUGCCCCAGAGACUGAAGUCACUGCAUAGAGCUCCGGAGACAACACUGAAGCCAGCGAAACCACAACCCCUGAGCCCCAAAGAGACCACCACUGCGGGAUGGCUUCAACACUGUGACUGACUCUAGACCCACUGUAGUUCCAACUGUACAGCUGGGAACCAGAGCUAAAGGAGAAUAAUAGGAUACUAAACUCACGUCUCAAAGGGAUUCUUGUGUGUUUGUCUGUGUGGCUGUGUGUGUGGUUCUGUGUGCGUUGUUUUUCAUGUGUAGCUGUGCAGUGUGUGAGCUAUUAUUGUGUUAAGAUCUGUGUGUGUAGUUCUCUAUCAGCAGAUGUUGCAGAAAUGGCCAGCAUGGUGGUCCAGCUCCUGGGCUUCUUCCUGUGUCUGUUGGGGCUUGUGGCUAGUGUAGUUGCUACGGUGCUCCCCGACUGGCGGCGGACUGCAUAUGUGGGCUAUAACAUCAUCACAGCCACUGCCUACAUGAAGGGGCUCUGGAUGGAGUGUGUGUGGCACAACACAGGCAUCUACCAGUGUGAAGUACACCGCUCAAUGCUGGCUCUGCCACCUGACUUGCAGGCAGCGCGGGCGUUGAUGGUGCUAUCCUGUCUGACCUCCACCCUGGCAGCCCUGGUGUCCUCUGCAGGGAUGAAGUGUACCCGCUGUGCCCGAAGCUCCCCCACCAAGCACGCCCUGGCCAUCAGCGGAGGGGUCUGCUUCCUGUCCGCAGGCAUGCUCUGCCUUAUCACUGUCUGCUGGACAACCAACGAUGUCAUCCUCGACUUCUACAACCCCAUCCUACCUGAAGGUAUGAAGUAUGAGAUUGGCAUGGCUGUGUAUUUGGGCUAUGUCUCAGCCUGUCUGAGUCUGAUGGGAGGGGCGGUGCUCUGUUGGAACUGUGAGGGGCGGCCCAGGAACCCCCUCCAUCUACCUCGUCAUCAACACCCUCCUCCUCCCCCUGUCUUCAGUACUUUAAACACCCCAGCACCCCCCUACUAUCCCCCUGCCGCACUGAAUGGCAACCGCACUCCCUCACGCACCUCAGCAUCCAGCAGUGGCUACAGACUCAACGACUACGUCUGAGGGAUGGAGUGAACACUCAAUUAUUGCUUUCUAGAAGUGGAAGUGGACACACUUAAUGAUUAUGUUUGAAUGUGGAAUAUAAUACAGACUGAUUGACUACGUCUAAGGGAGGUUCAAACUCAAUGACUACAAAAUAAAGACUCAAGUUACUUUUAAGUGAGGAAGUACACACUCAAUGACUUUCCAGAUGACCUCCAGAGAGUGAGUGAGGUUGAGUGUGGUUUACAGUAUUGAUGUUGUUCAGAUUGUGUCCUUCCUCUCUAGGGCUUCUCCGAGGUAAAGCCCACAAGGUAAUCCUGUCCUCUUUAUCCUGUUGACUUUGUAUGUUUACCCUAAGAAUCGAGAAACACCCUUUUGAACAUCAACAGCCUUAUUCCCUGAUACAAAAUGAGCUUCCUUCAUAAAGGCCUUUAGGACAAUGAUAGCAUGUAUGAUAAUGAUAAGCCAUAUAGUUUUCUUUCAAAUGUAUUAUUAUUAUUGGUUCCAGUUUCAUAGCUCAUAACUUCAUGGCUGUUAGAUGAACACAAAUAUAUUUUUAACUGCACCAAUUGUUGUGAAGCACUUCCUGUCUUCUCUAUUAUUUAAUAUAUGUAAACUGCUUUAUACUUCUACUGUUAUUUUAAAAUGCAAAGUCACCAUGUUCCAACAGACUACGUUUGAGCUUGAGUGUGGUGGUAGGAUAGGCUACUACUAACUACACUGAACAAAAAUAUAAAUGCAAAGAUUUUACUGAGUUACAGUUCAUAUAAGGAAAUCAGUAAAUUGAAAUAAAUUCAUU